GAGCAGUGAGCAGUGAGAUCAAUCCUACUCUUUUUGAGACUACAAUUUUGACACUAUUUGGUCUGUGUUUUGAUUGUGAUUAUCACAUUGUACAUUGUAUUGCAUAUGUAUUAUUGUUUCCUUCAACAUUAAUUUAAUCAACCAUCCAGUUUAUUGAUUCUUUACCUCAAUUUAUUAUUAUAAUUAAUGAUAAAAAUUAAACAGCUGUGUGUUCAUUUGUAUUAUCAGUCACUCAAAGAAACACAACGCAAUUUUUCAUUAUUUUCUGCUAUUGUCUGCUGUUUGUCUGUCAUUUUGCUUGCUAAAAUGUUUGAAAUCAACAAUUUUUAUCGUUUAAGUUUUCUUUGUUUAAGAUAACAUUCUUGAAUUUUAACAUCCACGUUAUCAACAGCUAGUGCUAUAACAACUGUGACAUCAAAAGGAACAAUCAAUUACAACAGCAACGGUCACCGAACAGAUAUACAGUAUAGUGUCAUCUAAGGACCAAUAUUCGUCCAGAUGUGAUCUACUUGAAGUGGGUUUUAUAAAGCAGUCGAAUUUGGCUCAUCAACUUCAUUGAGAUACAGACAUCAUAGAAACUCAUUCCCUACCACUGGAUUAUUAUAAUUGUUGUGUAAAGGACUCCAGGAAUCAGCUUGGUGUCUAAUUUUUUCAAUGCGGUCUAUCAGACCGAUCUGUUUUUAUAUGUUUACCUCUCUUUGGAAGAGGAAACCAUUACUUUUGGCAAUUGUAAUGGUUACCUCGUUCACAAUAAUUGCAUUACAGUACAAUAGUGUAACCGAAUCAAGGGAUAAAAGAAAAGACUAUCAUUCUAGUGACCAUUCGCUCAGAAAUGGAAGGAACGUCGACCUUAAAGAUGGUGCAUCAUUACCGAGGAGAAAUCUUUCUGCUCUAGGUCUUGAUAGAAGCAAUAGCAAUCAUAAACUUAACGAUGAUAGUCAAUAUAAUGAUAAAAAUUCUGGUCGGUUGUCAUAUGACUCUGCGGAUAAGAAGCAAUACAUCUCACCAGCACCAUAUGAACCUUUGUUUGGUAAAAAAUUUGCCAAUUUUUUCAAUUCAAAUGAAAAAAGAAAAAAUAAUCAAGAAUCGCCCAAAGAAAAAAAUCCGUACUAUGUUCCUCCUUUCAGACUUGUCCAUUUUGACCUGAAAGGAGCCCCACCAAAGAUUAGUUAUCUCAAGUCAAUACUCCCGAUAAUCAAAGAAGCAGGAGCUAAUGGGAUUCUCAUUGAAUAUGAAGACAUGUUUCCCUAUGAGAAUUAUUUGAGUGAUAUACCAGCAGCCAAUGCUUAUACCAAAUCAGAAAUAGCUUUGCUACUCAGCUCAGCAGAAGAGCAUGGCCUAGAAGUGAUACCAUUGGUCCCAGCUUUUGGUCACAUGGAAUUUGUUCUCAAAUUAAGUAAAUUCCGUCAUCUCAGAGAGUACGAUCCUUAUCCAAUGGCUUUGUGUCCUUCACAAAAUGAAUCUUUCGUUCUUAUCCAGCACAUGAUAGACCAAAUAAUGUCUGCUCACCCGAAUGCAAAGUGGCUCCAUAUUGGUUGUGAUGAAGUAUUUCAGAUUGGUUAUUGCGAAAGGUGUCGAAACACCGAACGAGAUACAUUAUUCCUUGAUCAUGUAAUUAAAGUUGCCAAAUACGUGAAAGAAAAACAUCGAGUGAUCCCAAUUGUUUGGGAUGAUAUGCUGAGAAACAUUUUGCCCGAACGUUUGAAAGAGAGUAAAAUUGGUUCACUUGUUGAACCCAUGAUAUGGACAUAUGUCAAAGAUAUUUAUCGCUUUAUCCCGUACCCAACAUUUUCCUAUUUUGCUGAUAUCUUUGAAAAUGUAUGGGCUGCAAGUGCCUUCAAGGGUGCCUUUGGUGAGACCCUAACUGUACCCAAUGUUAAAAUGCACCUGGAAAAUAAUCAAGGUUGGUUGGAAGUUAUGGCCGAGCAACAGGGCCAUUUUAAAUCCAUAAGAGGAAUUGCAGUCACUGGUUGGCAGAGAUACGAUCAUUUAGGCACUCUGUGUGAACUUUUACCCUCCGGUUUACCCUCACUCAUUGUUGAUCUCAUCACUCUUCGCGAUGGUCAUUACGAUUCAUCCAAAGUUUUCAAAGAAUUCGAUAAAAUAAUGCAUUGUUCAUCUUCAUCUUCCAUUGGACAGUAUGGCUACCGUGAAGAUAGCAAUAUUGGUGGUAAUUCUAAUGGUGCUGUUGAUUUUGAAUCUGAUCCCUAUCUUUAUAACAAAGCUUCAAGCUGUAUGUUUCCAGGAUCAUCCAUUUUUCGCAUGACCCAAUCUGUCGCUGAGGCUGUCAAACGCGUUAAUGAUUAUAUUUACGAUGUAACCAUACACAAAGCUUGGUUGACAGAUUAUAAUAUUCGUCAUAAUGUUUCCAAUCCUUACCGAGUAGACGAAGGAUUGGAACAACACAGUAAUGUUCAUUAUCUAUUGACUUCAGCUUUGAGAGCAGCUUCAUCAUCUUUGAGAGAAGCGUUUGAUGAAUAUACUGUAAAUGAAUGGAUUGAACAAAACAUUUAUCCAUAUCUACUCAAGAUGGAAAAACUGUUAAAAGAUGGAGAAAGCCUUAAGAAAAACAAAGUUUGGCCAAGAAGACCUUAUCCACCUUUAGCAGAUAUGAAAAGAUUUGGAUUGUAAAUUAUUUUUUACUGAUUACAAAAGCAAAAUUAUCCAUAAUACUAAACCAGUUGAAUUAAAACUGAAAAGAGCCACAUGAGUCUAAAUUUUUGCUCUUUUCCAUCUGGUUUGGUUAUAAACCAUACCUAAGUUUAAGUAGCUGCUAUCGAACGACAUACUAAGAAUUACGAAAAUUCGCUAUUCAAAUUGUUUAUUGAAUUGAGUUUCAAAUUCGCAAUCUUCACCAUCUUCAUCAUUUUCAAAGUCACAAAUUUUCAAAGCAAACAGGAAUGACAUCAAUGUUUCAUUCAUCAUUAAACGAUACCUGAUCUACAAACUUUCUAUUCUCUGAUUUCCUUUCAGUCCAUUGAGUGGGAAACAGGUUCCAAGUUACAUAGAGAGAUACAAAAAUGGUUCUAGGGAGUUGUCAAAUGAUCAUCAAUUUUGUAUCAACACAGAAAAAACAUUCACGCAUAAAGCACGACAACCUCGACUUCUCUUUUUGUUUCUUUUGGCUGCUUUCAUUUUCAUAAAAGUUAGACAAUGUUAUUGUCCUUGGCAGAGAGAAAGAAAAAGGGUUUCCACUUACUCUUCUUUUAAACACCUUUUCUGUUCAAGAUUCACUCCAGUGUUUAUCAUCCUGGUGGAACUGAUUUUGUCAUUUAUAAAGACUCUGUAGUUUAAGUAAUUUAAUUUCAACACUUUAAAGCGAAAAAGAACAAAAAAAUGAAAGAAGGCGGAGAAGUUUCAAGAGAAGGAUCGGUGAAUAAGAAGCUGCUUUAUUAAUUACUUAACAAUCAAAAUCUUCUUUAUGUGAUACGGAUAAAUUCUAUUGGUAACUACAAGACCAUAAGCUAGGAACAAAAACAAAAGGCAUCCUCGGAUUUCCACUCUUCUGGUUCCUUUUAUGCCGCUUAAUGUAAUUCAUUUGAACUUGAUUUACUUUUCUUUGAUGUUCUAUUGCAGUCAAUUGUACCAAAACAAAACAUCAAGUCAUCAACAGAAAUCAAUGCAAUCAUAAGUCACUUUGAAAUCUGUCUAUUUGCUUUAUAUCAAAUCAACAUCAUCAAAUGUGUUUUCUCUUAUCCCAACUUUCAUUUAAUGUACAAAGUCUUUAUCAAUUUAUUUCUUUUUUUUCAAAUUAUUUGAUCUAAAACAGAGUUCUCAUUGUUACGUCGAUUUUUUGCUACCAUCGAUAGCUUAACUUACCCCAAAUAGCAUUUUGAUUGUUUAUAAAUACAUGCAUUAUUAUUUGA